AUGGCUCAAGUUGACCUAAAAGAGCAACUGAACCAACUCGAAGCAGCUCGCAACCUUGUCCUAUCCGAUGCCGCACUCUAUCCACAGGUCCUGCAGGGCAUAUUACCUAUCAUUGGCAUAAAUGCGCGAUUAGACCUUCGACGAUGGGGUGCGGAUUUCCUCGCAGAGACUUUUGCAAAUACGACACUACCUUCGGACCGCAAGGAGUCGCUCUCUGGUACCGUGUUGCCCACAUUGAAUGAAUACUUAGGAAAUGAGGCAGAGGAUGUCGCAGUGGUUAAGAGCGCGGUGCAGACGGUAUCAAGUCUAUAUCCGUUCGUUUUCAGACAUAUAAUCCACCACCCAGACGACAAGGCCAUGUGGGAGCAGAUCACUUCAAUAAAACAUAAUAUACUCCAGAGAAUGGACAGUGCGCCUCACCCGGUCAGGGUAUGCUGUAUCAAGUUUGUGCAGAAGGUCGUUCAUACUCAGACUCCAGGACCGAUUGCUGAUCCCCGACGGCCAGAGAGGAACGAAACUUCUAUUGCCAUUGUGCCUAGGACUCAUUCACUGCUCUCGAUACCGAAUCUUGAAGCAGAAGCGUCGGGUCUGCUGGAUCGACUUCUUACUGUUCUACAGGACAAUGCCGAUGAUGCGAUUCUUGUGAAUGCGACAAUCAACUGCCUGGGGAUAUUGAUUCGCACUCGUCCCACCAUUGCUAAUAAGAUUCUGGAAACAUUACUGAACUUCAAUCCUGUUAAAGUAGACCAUGGACCAAUGACAUCUACUAUGCGUGUUAAGAUCAAGUCAAUGGAGCGGACAACGCGCGCUGUAUUGAUCAAUCUACUGAAGAGAAACCCCAAUCAUCCACUUGCCGGAAAAAUGCAUCAACACAUGGAAAGACUGGCGCAAAACUGCAUAGAAGCAUUCGAUGCAUCAUCCCGAAAGCGCGCUCUUCCGGAUGAGCCCACAGACGGUCUUGAUAAUGCGAAAAGAGCAAGACUCGGUGCCGAAACUCCUCCUUUGCUCAAGAUUCCUCCUCUUCCCGAAGGCCCUAUCAGCUAUUCUCAACUCUAUACCCUGACAGAAGAUAUUGGACUUUCCUCUUUUGACGUGAAACAGCUCCCCCCUGAUCUCAUAGUCAAAAUUGCAGUAGCUGUUCUCGGACGUGUUGAUCAAAAUGCGCUUACUCAGGCGACUGAUGCUAUCCGCGGUCGAUAUCAAACCCUAAUUGCUCGACAAGCACAACAAGCCCAAGCUCCGGCCGAAGAAGAUGAGGACGAAUACGAGCCCGAAUACCAACCCGUGGAUAUUCCCGAGUCCGAAGUCCAAGAUACCACAGCCGCAAUAUUCGAAGUAGAGCCUGAACUGGGACCAUUCCAACUCAGCAGACCUCCACCCUUGACAGGAAACGAAGCAAAUGAGAUAGGUCGUGCUGCCGCUGAUCGCGUCUUUGAGAUGAUGAUAGCAACGCCAUUUAAAGCAGCUGCUAAACCCGUCACUGCCGGUGGGGCAGCAGCAUCCUCGGCUUCGACUUCAGCUUCAGCUUCUUCAUCAGAUCGAAAGGGAUUCGCACGUCUUGCUGGCGGUUCUCUCGACUCAAAGGAAGCAUGGAUAACAAUGCUAGUACGCAUGGCGACAAGAGCUCCCGCAAAACUAGAAGCUGCCGCUGGCGAAAUCCAGACUUCAGACGGUCGACCCACUAUUUCAAACUACAUUCGUGAUUUAUUAUAUCGACAUAUCUUGGAAGAUUUCCGAUCUCGAAUCAAUAUUGGAAUCAUGUGGUUAAACGAAGAAUGGUACAACGACCGUAUGCAGAUGGAAGCAGCCGCUUCUCAGCGUGGGAAGAGCGAGGAAGUCUCUGUACCGCUGCACUAUGAUUCCUGGGUUUUGCGGCUGUUAGGUGGCAUAUUGCCAUAUCUUGACGCGCGUGAUGUCAAGAUUCUCAUUCGGUUUUUGAGUGAGAUUCCGGAGGUUACGUUACCGAUUAUUGGGCGAGUGCAGACGCUGGCGAGGGAUCCGGAGCGUAUUAAUCUUUGUGUUCAGGCGUUACAUUACCUAGUAAUGUUCAGACCCCCAGCGAGAGAGAUGUGUCUUAACACUUUGGAAGAGAUAUACAAUACAUACGAAGAGGCAAGACCAGCAGCCAGCAGAGUGCUUUCGAGAUGGAGACCGGAAGCUAUUUCAUCACAACAAACACGAGAAGUCUCGGUUACAGGUAGUACUACCAACGGUGUACAACAACAAGUUGCUAGAGCAUGAUUGCGUAACCGCACCAUUCAGCAACUGUCACGAUAUGUGGCUUCAUGAUAGGUCUUUUGAUUGGGCCUACUUUAUUGUAAAAUAAACACGGAGGGUUAGGGAAGGUAUGACAUUCGUCCUACAGUGGAAACAGAAAGGCACCGGAAUACGACGGCGUAAAGGGAUUUUUUUCCUUGACAGAUCAGCAAAUUACCAUAAUGCAGUCUAUGUAUGAUAGGGACAUAAAUAUAGGGGC